AUGAUCGAAUCCCCUCAUCGGGCAAGUUUGUUAUACCUGGCCCUUUAAGUUAGGUGAGCGGAGGUCGUUCGUUUCAGAAUAUUUAAUUGGUACUCUGGUAAAACGCAACUGAACCGGGGCUCCGAGUUAAGUAAAACAAACUCGCCCUUUUAAACUCCGCGCAAACAAGGCGGCAAGCCACUCCCUGUCCACGAAAUCCCUUUAUAACGCUUAAAACAACAUCUGCUUGCUAGCUCAAGCGGCCUAGAUUCACCUUUUUCCAAUUACACUAUAAACAGCGGGUGUCUUUCAGAUCCAUUUAGAACAUCACCUCAGGCAUCUAGGACGUACUUGACCGAUGUGUUGAAGUUUUUCUGUCUUGUGUAAAAGAAACCGCCAACCAUGACAGCUCCUACUAACAAGGCAAAAGAUCCUGAUUUGAGCCCUGUGGACUUCAUUCAGCUGCAGCAGUACAUGGAUUAUAGCCGAGUGAGAGUGAAAGAUGUGAUUAAGGAGUUCCAUGCAGGCGGGCGGUUUGUUCAGCACCGUUUUGGAGAGCGCAUCGAUGCAACAGGCUUUGGUUUGUUCCUAAAUGCCUACCUGGAGGCAGACGACUUCCCAGCUGAUCUUUGCCAACGCCUUUUCUGGUAUUUCCAAAAUGCAGAGAGAGAUGUUCAAAUGAGGAGCCCUCCACCUAAAGGGGGGGGAGUGUACCUCAAGGAGGUGUCAUGUUACUUCUCUGUGUUAGAGGAGGGACUGCCCAGAGACAAACUGGAAUUUACUUUCAAACUUUAUGACAAAGAUGGCAACGGACUCCUGGACAGCUCCGAAGUGGAUCGGAUCAUCACUCAGAUGAUGCGUGCAGCAGACUACCUGGGUUGGGACGUGACAGAACUCAGACCGGUGCUGAAAGACAUGAUGAAAGCCAUUGAUACUGACGGCAAUGGGACAGUGACCCUGCAGGAGUGGAUCCAGGGGGGGAUGAACAAUGUGCCCUUGCUGGUGCUGCUGGGACUCGAGAUGUCAGAGAGGGACGGCCAGCACGUCUGGCGGAUGAAGCACUUCAGCAAGCCUGUGUUCUGCAGUGUUUGCCGUAGCAUGCUGCUUGGCGUCAGGAAACAGGGCCUCUGCUGUGUCUUGUGCAGGUAUACAGCCCACAGUCGCUGUGCCAACAAGAACCCUGAUCCAUGCAUCCGCACCUUUGUGAUGUCCAACAGACUGAUUGGGGUGACUGCUCACGGCUGGGUCAGUGCUGACUGUGACUCCAGUAAGUGUCACUUCUGCAACAAGAAGAUCAAGACCCUGGCAGGGAAGCGUUGUGUGUGGUGCCAACAGACGCGUCAUGACGACUGUGUGAACUUCGGGUCGUCAUCGUGUGACUGCGGGUCGCUAAGAGACCACAUUCUGCCACCAUGGGCCAUAUACUCCAUGUCAAAGGAUGAAGAAGGGAGGAAGGCUUUGAAGGAUGACAAAUGCAUAGAGAACAUCACCCCAGAUGGCCACGUUCUUCAGAUCGCUCCAGUUCCAGGAACCCACCCUCUUCUGGUGUUUGUGAACCCGAAGAGCGGAGGGAAGCAAGGGGAGAGAGUGCUGAGGAAGUUCCAGUACCUGCUGAAUCCCCGGCAGGUGUACAACCUCUCCAAUGGAGGACCUGGACCUGGACUCAACCUCUUCCGGAACCUUCGUGACUACAAGAUCCUGGUGUGUGGCGGAGAUGGCACAGUGGGCUGGGUUCUAGAUGCUAUAGACAAAGCGGACCUGCCAGUGCACCCCCCAGUGGCGGUCCUGCCCCUUGGCACCGGAAAUGACCUGGCUCGUUGCCUCCGCUGGGGAGGAGGUUACGAUGGCACAGAUCUCGAAGAGUUUCUGAAAGAGGUUCAGGAAAGCUCGUUGGUUCCUAUGGACCGCUGGAAAGUGCAGGUGAUUCCAGAAGACCCACGGGAGAUUGGAGACCCUGUGCCCUACGAGAUCAUCAACAACUACUUCUCCAUAGGCGUGGAUGCGUCCAUUGCUCACCGCUUUCAUUCAAUGAGGGAGAAGUGCCCACAGAAGUUCAACAGCAGGAUUAAGAACAAACUGUGGUAUUUGGAGUUUGCCACCUCUGAGACCAUCUCUGCUUCCUGCAAGAAGCUGAAGGAAUGUCUCAGCAUUGAGUGCUGUGGGAGGGCCUUGGACCUGAGCAGUCACUCCCUGGAGGGCCUUGCCGUAAUCAACAUACCCAGCAUGCAUGGUGGCUCCAACCUUUGGGGAGAGGCCAAGAAGGAAGACAGAGACGGCGUGCCAGCGGAGCCACCUGAGGUCAUCACCGAGCAAAACCUUCUGAAAAUCAGCUCGCAGGACCUUAGUGACAAACGGAUUGAGGUGGUGGGUUUGGAGGGGGCGGUUGAAAUGGGUCAGAUCUAUUCUGGCCUGAAGAGUGCUGGACUCAGACUGGCUCAAACAUCAGAGAUCACAAUCAGGACAAAUAAAGCAUUGCCUAUGCAGAUUGAUGGUGAGCCCUGGAUGCAGCCUCCGUGCACUAUCCACAUCACACACAAGAACCAAGCUAAUAUGCUGAAGGCUGCUCCUGCCAGACCCUCAGGCAUAUUCCAUCACAAAUAAUGGAUCGGCGGGAGUUGAGCUGCAGAUUUUCUGUAUACUCUUAAUGAAACCUGGCAACCCUGAAGCUGAUCAAAGAUAUAUGGCUGAACCUCAAAUCACAUACCUUCCAUCCUAAAUAGUAUACCAGACUAGUAUACCCGAGGAUUAGUAUGUCCUAAACCAUAGUAUAUUGAAAAUAGUAUGCAGAAAGUACAGGGAUGAUUUACAUUUUCAUGCAACAGUGCAUGCUUUCUUUUGAGUUAUGUAGACCACAACCCCUUGUGUAGUAAAAGAGGAGGUGGUUGCACGAUU